CUGGACUGGUGGCCUAGCAGAAGGUCACUUUAACGCUAAGCAGUGUACUGGACGUUAUGGCAGGAACGUCAGUUUAUAACUUCACCAUGGAGUCAUUGGAAGGGAAACCUGUUUCUCUCGGGGUUUACAGAGGGAGAGUGCUCCUCAUCGUCAACGUGGCCACCUUCUGAGACUCCACUGUCAUGGAGUACCACAGGAUGAACGCACUCAUGGACCGGUUCAGUGGUGAGAACUUCACCAUUCUGGGAUUCUCAUGCAAUCAGUUUGGACUACAGGCACCAGAGGAGAAUCACGAAACCCUGGACGUCCUGCAGUGUGUCAGACCUGGCGGCGGUUUCAUCCCAAAGUUCCCCAUGUUCAGUAAAAUCGAGGUUAAUGGGCUGAAUGAGGAGCCUCUGUACUCCUUCCUGAAGGAGUCUCUGCCUUCUGUGAACCCUGUCAUUGGAGACAUCAGGAAACUCUACUGGUCUCCGAUUAAAGUCGACGACAUCCGCUGGAACUUUGAGAAGUUUCUUAUCACCGCUGAUGGGUUGCCGUACAGACGCUAUGACCCCAGUCUCCCUUUUGAAGAGGUGGAGAGAGACAUAGCUGCGCUCCUGUAAAUCCUCAACAUCUUCCGUCUACGUCUCAACUGACCUUGGAUCAGCUCUAUAAAAACAACUUUAUAAAUAGCUCAGGGUUUCGUUAUUACUAGUGUAAUAUACUGUACAAAAACACACUGAGCAUCAAAUAGAACACGUGCAUCCAGAUAUAAACCCUGAUAUGCCUUUACAUUAGACCUCUUUUACACUGUGGUAUCAGGAAUCAGAAACGAGAUUGCUAAUUCACUCAAAUAGAUUUUCAUUACCAAUCUGAUAUGCAUAUUUGAUAAGCAUGAAGAUUUAAGACACCCCAAAUCUGGAAUUAAUGCAUUCUGAAAAAUUCAUAAAAUAUUUUGAAACAAAUAUGGAUAUUCAGCUGUCAGUAAGCCUCAAGACACUAAGGUGGAGAUUCACUUAUUUGAAUAAGUGGAGAUUCUCCAAGGUGGAGAUUCACUUAUUUUCUACCCUAAUGCAGAUUCCUUUUCCCUUUUCUUUACAUCAUUAAUAGCCUAGAAAUAAAUCCUAGAAGAGUGUGGAACUGGUCUAAAUGGUCCCCCGUUAUACCCCUACAUGCAGCAUAAAACUGCUUCUUAAUAAAAAGGAAGCUUUUGUGGAUUCUUUAAUUACGCAUAUUGUCCUAAAAGUCUCCAUACAUAUAGAACAUUAAAAGUUUUUGGCAAACUUUUUUUCUGAAAAUAAAUUAAAAAAAAAAAUAAAAAAAAUAAAAUAAAAUAAAUAUGAUGACUUUUUGGGGCAUGCUGUAGUUAUGGGUGUUAACUUCUUCAGAGGAUCCUGCUUGGAAUGAAUGAGCAUGACAGGAAAAACUCACGGUUGUAAGAUUCAUUAAAACCUUUAAUGCUUCAGCUUUCAACAUUUAUCCUCAAGGAAAAAAGUCACAUAAAAAUGAAAAAUGAAAUCCGAUUUAAAGAGGGUGAAUGUGUAAGAAGAAACUGAGGAAUUGUCUAUAUUGCAAAAAAUAAAAUGUAGCAUUAAGACGCCUGUGACAUUUACUGGAGGGACAAUCAAGAACAUAUUUUAGUGAUAUUUCUACAAACGUAGGAAAUAACAAAGGAAAGUGCUUAUGGGAUUUAACAAGUAUUUGUACAGGGUACAGGAUGUGUGUGUGUGUGUGUGUGUGUGUGUGUGGUGGGCGGCGUAGUGAUGGUGCAGUGUGAUGAUCCCUCAGUAAAAGCACUCAGGCAGCUGAGCUGGGUCUGAUAGGGCUGGAGAGAGACUCUGAGCUUCGGUGCGUUCACUCAGAGAAACAUCUCCACCCAGCACCAUCACUGUCACCUGACACACGAGCACACAAGCAAGCAGGUGAACUGAUCAGAGACGUACUGAUCAAAAUGGAAAAUGAAGAAUAA